AUGACUAAUGAUUUAUCAAAAGAAAAUUACUAUUUAAAGAAAGUUUUUAAAUGCACAGAUAAAAAAAUAAAAAUAUUUAAAUCCUAUUUAAAAAAUAAAUUACAAAUUAAUUCAUAUACACUUGGUGAAUUUUCUCUUAUACACGAUGAGAAGUUUCAAAAAAAAUUCUUAUCAAGUAUUCUAAAAAAACAAGUAAUUUCUAAAAAGAAAAAAGAUAAGUUAUAUAUUAUAAGUGAAAUAAUCUUGAAUAAAGAUUUUUUUCAGGAUAAUUUUUACUUUCAAUAUUUUUUAAGAAAUGUGUUGCUUCUGGAAGAUUUAUUAUUAAGAAAACUAGAAAAUAAUUUGACUGAUGAUAUUUUUUUUAAAGAAAAAAAAAAUAACUCUAUAAGUAAUUGGAAGCAGUGCUACAGUCAAAUAAAGAAAAAAUUAAAUGAAAAGGGAAUAGAUGAAAGAAGUAAAAUUUUCAAUAAUUCUAUUUUAUUAUUUAAUUCAACUAAGUUUUCUUAUGAAGAUAAAAAUUGUUGUGACUUCUUCUACAGUUUAAGAGUAUGGGAUAUUUUCUUUGAUUACGUUUCUUUUGAUUUUUUAAAUUAUUUGUUGUCCAAUACUCUUAUUUUUAUAUCUGAUUUCUUUUUUAAUAGUACUUAUAAAAAAUUUUCAGUUCAAAAUUCUUUUUUUGUAAUUAUCAGUCAAAUAGAGUUAAAAUAUGAAAAUGACAAAGAAAUAGAAAAUAAAAUUUUUUCUAAGAAAAGAAGAUUAUUUUACGAUACAAAACAAAUAAAAAUAAUUUACCAGAAAGAAAAUAUAAAAGAAAGUGAAGAUGAAAAAAAUAAGAAAGAUGAAUGGAAUACAAAAGAAGAUAUAACUAAAGAGGAAGGAUGCCAAAGUAUAAAUAUAAAUUUAAGAAAUAAUGUAAAUGGGCAUGAAAAGAAAAUAAAAAAAAAUUGUAUCAUAAAAGGGGAUAUAAUUAAGCAUGAGGAAGAUAAAAAGAUUAAUUUCUUGGAAAAAAAAGAUUUAAUUACAGAUAAGAAUAAAAAGCAUAAUUGUAAUAUAAAAGAAAGUGUUGUAAUUAAACAUGAGAAAGACAAAAAGAUAAAUUUAUGUUCUUAUAAGAACUAUAUAAAUAAAAUAAAUGUCAAGAAAUGCAUUAAAGAAAUGGAUAUACUUCAUAAUUGUAAAAAAGAAAAAGUCUGUUCAAAUGAAAAAAAAAAAAAAAAAGACAAAAGUAAAACAGAUAAAAAAUAUAAAUAUUUGUUAAAAAAGAGAAAAAGAGAGUUUAAAAUUAAUGAUUCUCAUACAUAUGUAAAACUUUUAUAUUUACUUCAGUGUAGUGGGCGAAUAUUAAAAAAUGAUGUUUUAAAAGAAAUUCAGGAAAUUCAAAAUGAAAUAAAUGAAAUAAGGAAAAAUAGAAAUAUAAAUUUAAAUAAAAGUAAUGUAGUUAAAAGAUUAAAAAUAAAGAAAAAAAAACUUGAUGAAAAAGAAAAAAAAAAAAAAGUUAUCCUACCCCAGAUAAAAUUUUUUUACAGUGAUGAAAAACAAGAUGAAGAAUUUCAUAAGGGCAAAAAAUAUAAUAAAAAAUGUUUAAAUGAUAAAAAAAAUUGGAAUAAAAUAAUAAUAAAUAGAAACAAUAUAUUACAGCAUAAUACAACAAAUAAAUACAAAAAUUUUUUAUUUAACGAACAUAUUAUCUUUGAUAAAAUAGAAAAUACAUCUUUAUUUAUCUACCACUUACUGAAUUAUAUAUUUAAAUCAGAUCAGAAGUAUUUUUAUCAUAACAAUUUUAUUGAUGAAUAUAAGCAAAAAAUUUCUAAGCAAAUCAAAUGUUUUACAAAAAAGAAUGAUAUUUCAUCCAUUAUAUCAAAAAAAGAUGUUAUAUUAGACACAACAAAAAAGGAUAAAAGAUUAAUAAAUGCAGUAAAAAAAAAAAAUAGACAUGAAAAUAUAUUGUUAAGAUUGAAAAAAACAAAAAUACUUAAAUAUGUAUAUUCUUAUUUUGAAGAAUUUGUAAAUAAUGUAAGAAAUACAAAGUUUCAAAAGGUAUAUGAUAAAUUUUUUCCAAAAAAAAAUACAAAAAAUAGAAUUGCAAAAAUUUUUAAGAUAAUAAAGUUGCAUAUAAUAAAGAAAUAUCACAUCAUAAAUAUACGAAAAAACAGAAAAUUUAUAAGACAGAAAACUUACGAUUUUUUUUUUAAAAAUUAUGAUUUUCUUUCAUUUUCUUUUAAAACAUAUAAAGUUAUUAAUUUUAUUGUAUAUGUAACUAAAAAAUGUAUACCUGUUAAGUUACUAGGGAAAAAGCAUAAUUUCAAAGUUUUCCUAAAUAAUAUCAAAAAAUUUUUACUAUUUCAUUUUAAAGAAAGUUUUUCAAUGGACCAAGUAAUGAAGAAUAUCAAAGUAAAAAAUAUUUUUCAAAAAGAAAUGAAUAAGUUUAAAUAUAAUAAUACAAAAGAAUAUCCAAAAGAAUUAAAAAGUAUGAAUAGGCUGCAAAAUGUUUUUAAAUCAUUAGAAAAUAAGAAAGAUUUAAAUUAUCAAAAGUAUAUAAAAAUAAACAGAAAAAUCAAUUGUUAUACAAAUUCAUCACCUUUUGAUAUAUUAAAAAGACAGUAUUUUAAUAAAAUUAAAAAAAUUAAUAUAUCAAUUCAAAAAAGACAUUUAAUGAAUAGAUUAAUAUAUUUUCUCUUUAAUUAUUUUAUUAUGCCUAUAAUUAGGAAAUUUUUUUUUCUUACUAAAUCUGAACAAACUGUUCACAAAACUAUUUAUUUUGAUAGGAAACUAUGGAAUUAUUUCACAAAAAUUUCCAAUUUUUCUUUAUAUCACCAAAAUUUUCGAAGUAAGAAAAUAAAAAAAAAAGAAGAAAGAAUAUCAGAUUUAAAAGAAAAAAGGAAAAAAGUUAUAAUUAAUCAAAGAGGGAAAAAUAGGAAAUAUAAGAAAAAAGAAAUUAUUAAUAAGAAAAAAAUACAAAAAAAAAAAAGUAAAUCACUUUAUAAUGUUAAAAGUAACAGAAAAAAUAAAAUAAAAAAUGAGAUAUUCUAUGAAGCAACUGAUAUAAAAAGCAAUAAAACAAAUAAUGAAAUAAGAAAUGGAACUAAAGUGUUAACAAAUUGUUCCGAGCAAAAAAUUAAUAAAUUACAUAAAAGUAUCAAUAAUUUAUAUAAUAUGAAAGUACUAAAUAAAAAAAAUGUUAAACCGUAUUUAAAUAAAUUUUACUAUAAAAUAAGAAAAAAAUAUUUUUCAUUACGAAAAAAAUAUAUAGCUAAUAGGAUGAAAUACAAAUUACAACCAAAAUUAAGAAAAGAAUUUCUAAGUUAUAUUAACUACGCUACUGAAAAACGGUGUGUUUUAAGCUACAUUAGUAAAUAUUUUUUUAAAAAUAAAAAAGUCAAUUAUAUUAAAAGAUUCAAUAAACUAAUUAAAAGAAUAAAAAAAAAAGUUAAUAAAAAUGUAUUUGACAAAAGGAUAAUAAAACAGGAAUGCUGUAGUCCCGUUAUUGUAGAAAAAAAAUUAAAAAAAAAGAAAAAUAUAAGUAGCAUUACCGGGGAAUCAAAUCCUUUAAAAAAUAAAAUAACGUUGAAUAAAAGAAAGUCUAUAGAUAAAAAUAAUAGAAAUAAUAAAAAAAAAAUUUAUAUAUAUAAAAUGAAAAAUAUUAUAGAAAAAAGAAAUUUUUUGCUUAAAUUGAAUUCGAUUAAUCAUUUCUUUUCUAAAAAAUUAAGAGUAAAUUGGGUACCUAAAAAAAAAGGGUUAAGACCAUUGAUUAAUUUAUCUACUUUGAAUAUACCUGAAAGUGUAAAACAUAAAAUCUUGGAAGUUUUAAAAAAUAAGAAAGGUAGCGAAUUUUAUCUUCAUAAUAUUUUAAAUGAUUUAGAAAAAGAUAAAGAAAAAAAAAAAAGAAAAAAAAAAUACAAUAGAAAGAAUUUUAAUCCUGUAUCAUUGAAUAAUAUAUGUAAUUUUUCUUUGAAAUGCUUAGGUAAUAUUAGGCAUAAUAAAAGUUCCUUAUUUAAAAAUACUAUAACAAAAACAAAUGAAAUAGAAGUGAAAUUAAAAAAAUGGUUGAAUUACAUAAAAAAUUAUUUUUAUUGUAAAAAGAAAACUAAAAAGUUUAUAAAAAAUAAAUUAAAAAACAAUAAAAGAAUUUAUGCAUAUAUAUGUGUAGGUGAUUUCUCGAACUGUUACGAGCAUAUAAAUCAUAAUUAUUUAUUUAAAAUUUUAAAAAUUUUUUUUGAAGAUAUAUCAAAUUUUGAAUUUAUAUAUUUAUUUAAAAGAUCAUUUCGCUUAUUUAAUAAGAAUUUAAAUAAUUCUUUGCUAUCUUAUUAUCCAGUUAAUGUAGAAAAAUUUGGUAUUCAUUAUAUAAAUAAUCUAAGGGACUUAAUUGUUAAGUCAAAUAAAAAUUCAAUGCAUAAUUUUUUAUUAAAGCAAUUAUUUAAAAACAAAUCUAUGACUGAUAUAUAUAUAUUUGUUGAUUCAUACAAAAGCGUUUUGGUGGAAAAAAGAGAUAUAUUUAUGACUAUUAUAACUGUCAUUAGAUAUUACUACCUUAAUAUAUAUUUUAGUAUUAAAGAAAUAAAAUAUCAAAAAAAAAAUAUAUUUUAUUUUCAAAUUUUUAAGGAAGAAAAAAAAAGAGAUAUAUAUUUUAGUUUACGUAAUAUAAAAAAAUUAGAAAAAAUAAAAAAAUUAAAUAAGCAUGAACUAGAUGAAAAAAAUUAUUCUUAUACGGUUAAUAACAAAAUAAAUAGUUGUGGCAAUGAUGAAUUAGAUGCAACUAUAACUCAUGAAGUAACUACUAAUAAUAAUAUAAUAAAUGAUAUUUAUAUAAACGAAAAUAAUAGUAAUAUAAAUGACGUGAAUAUUGAGAAACCUAUGAGAAAAGGAGCUUACAAACAAAAAUAUAAUGAAUUAUCUAAAUUAGAAAAAAAUAAUUGUUUAAAUAAAAUAUCUUCAGAAAAGCAUGUCUUAAAUUUUUUGGAUAAAAAAAUUAUUAGUAAUAUAUGUGGUUUGCCACAAGGAUUUAGUUUAUCCAAUAUUUUAUGCUCUUUGUAUUAUGCUUAUUUAGAUAAAAAUGAAGAGUUUCAAAAAUUACUUUAUGCAGAAAAUCAAAACGAGAAAUAUUCCUUAAAAAAAAAUAGUGUAUUAAAUUAUUUAAAUUUGAAUUCUUUAUUAAUUAGAUUCAUUGACGAUUUUUUAUUUAUAACUCUCAACAAAAAAAAUAUUAGAAACUUUAAAAAUUUGUUAUUAAAAAAAAAAAUAUGGGGAAGCAAUAUCAAUUCUUCUAAGACAAAAAUUUUUAAGUUUCCAUUAAUUUAUAAAAAUAAUUUACUAAUUAAUAAUCCUAUGAAGAAAAAUAAGAAAAAUACAAAAGUGAAAGUCAGUACUAUUAAAAUUAAUGUAGGAAGGUUAAAAAAAGAUAAUAGUUCUGAUAUAUACAAUGAUAUUUUAAAUAACAAAAAAUGUAACUUAUUAUCAAAUUUGUGCAAAAAGAACAUGGGCAUUUCCGAUGAUAUGAAAUCAGAUAAUUAUAAUACAUAUAUUAUAAAUAAUAUAAAGAGAAAAUACUUAAAUAUAUAUAAUCAUACACAUAAAGUUCAAAAUGUAAAAAAGAAAAAUAUUAGAAAAAAAAACAAGAAAAAGAAAUUAACAUCUACUGAAAUUGAUAAAGUAAUAAAAAAUUUAAGUAAAAAAAAAAAAAAAUUAAAAAAAAAUUUGGAUAAUACUAAAAAACUUAAAAUUAAUAAGGAUAUUAAGAGAUUAAAAAAAUUAAAAAAAAUGAUCAAAAAUCAAAAAAUAUUUUCUGUUGAUUCUUUAGAAUGGUUAAAUAACUCGUAUACUUUUGAUUUACUAAAUAAUUCAAUACACAGCACUUCAUAUCCUUGGAAAAAUAAAAGUGAUGCAACUAUUAGGAAUCAUUUGCACUUGAACAAUAUAUUAUUAGAUAAAAACAAUACAAAUACAUUUAUGAAAAAUUUGGUAGAAAAUAGAAUAGUUAGGGAUAUUAUAUCAAAACAAAAAAAAUACAGAAAAUUAUAUAAAAAUAAGCAAAAUAUAUAUUUCUGUUAUAAAAAAAACUUUAUUUUAUUAAAAACAUCUAUAUUAAAAUUCAUUUGCUCUAUUAAAACGUUAAAACAUAUGUUUAAUGCUUUUUAUAAUGCUAACUAUAACACCAGAUUUAUAUUAUAUUUAAUUACUUAUAUGAAAAGAUCAUUAAUGAAAAAUAAAAAACUUAAAUUUGUCAAGUUAUUUUUAAUUGAAACAGCUAUAGAAUCUUUUCAAUAUGCUAAGAUUUAUAUGAGCAAUAAUUCGCUUUAUCCUUGUUUAAAACUUCUCAGAAAAAUUAAGAGGAGACUGUUAAAUAAAUACAAAACAAGAUAUAAAAAGUACCUUUUACGUCAAUAUCAUAAUUUGUUUAAUAUGAUUAAAAGAGAGUUGUUUAAUUAUUGGCCUUAUAUGUUCAAAAUUAAAGGAGAUAAUAAACAAAAAAAAAAAUAA